GAGAAGAGGAAUAGCUGCUUCACUCACACAACAGCGAGGUGUUUAUUUGUGUUUAUCUGUGUUUAUCUGUAGUCUUUGACCUGGUGGCAGGUUUUAAUAAUCUUCUGGAGUGGAGCGGUACAUGACUUCAAUGUCUGUGUCUGCACCAGCUUUAGUCUGUGGACUUGAUCAUUUUUAAACCAGCAAACAGCGUUAGCGUGUCAAACUCCACAACAGAGAAUGGCACAGUGGGAGCGUCUGAAGCAGCUUGACUCAGUGUGUUUGCAAAGGGUAGAUGAGCUGUACCACACUGACGCUCUGCCCAUGGCUGUGAGAGAAUUUCUCGCUCAUUGGAUAGAGGAGCAGGACUGGGUAGGGGCUACGCGGGACUCAUCCCGGGCCGUGGUCCUGUUCCAGAUCCUGUUGGAGAACCUGGAUAAUCAGUACAGCCGAUUUGUUCAGGAGAAUAAUUUCCUCAUGCACCGUAAUUUCCGUCACUUCAAACAACAGUUUCAGAGGUACCAGGAAGAUCCGUGCAAUUUGGCUGAAACCAUCAACUGGUUCCUGAUUAAAGAGCGAGAGAUUCUGCAGGCUGCAGAGCUGACACAGGAAGUGCAGAUGUUGCAGGUUCAGCCGAGCUCCAUGGAGUCGGAAACUCAGAGAAACUUGGAGAAGAGCAUCCGAGAUUUUAAGAGCAAAGUUCAGGCGAUGGAGCACUCACUGAGGUGUUUGGAGGAGCAGCAGGACGAGUUUGACUUUAAAUAUCAGACACACAAGAUGGACGGGACAUCCUGGUCUUUGACUCCUCGUUUGAUUGACAGCUCAGAUCCUCAUACUUUAAAAAACGAACAAGAACUCGGGGAUUUCAGAGGAACGACGGAUGAAACGGAGAAAUGCGAGCAGAUAAAAGUGCUUAGAGUGAUGCUCAACAGACUCAACAAUGGCAGAAAGUCGUUUCUCUCGGAGACGGCGUCUCUGCUGAACAGCGCUGAGCAUCUCCUGUCCGUGCUCUUGGAGGAACUGGUGGAGUGGAAACGCAGGCAGGAGGUCUCCUGCAUCGGGGCUCCAGAAGACACCAACCUCGAACCUCUGGAGAAAUGGUUCACUGCGGUGGGGGACAGAAUGUUCCAACUCCGUAAAUUCCUGCAGAAACUGGAGGAGCUUAAGGACAAAUUGAGUUACGAUGAAGAUCCCAUCAAGACCCAAAAACCCAAACUACAGGAUCAAGUGGACGCGUUACUAACCACUCUGCUGAAGAGCGCUUUCGUGGUGGAGACGCAGCCCUCCAUGCCGCAGGGCCGAGGUCCUCUGGUCCUGCGCACAAACGUCCAGUUUUCAGUUAAAACCAGGUUUCUCUUUAAGGUUCCUGAACUCAACCAUGCCAUGAAAGUGGGCGUGUCCAUUAACAAGGAUGUCCCGAGUGUGAAAGGGUAUCGCAGGUUUAACGUUCUGGGGACCUCGAGUAAAGCCUUAAACAUGUCCGAGAGCAUGAGCGGUGGAAUGGUGGCAGAUUUCAGACAUUUGACUUUAAAAGAGCAGAAGGUCGGAGGAGGAGGAAAGGGCAACAAUGAUCUGUCUCUGAGCGUGACCGAGGAGCUCCACACCAUACACUUCGAGACGCAGUUCAACCUGCACGGCCUGUCUGUCUCUCUGGAGACGUGCUCUCUACCUGUCGUGGUGAUUUCCAACUCCAGCCAGCAGCAGAGCGCCUGGGCGUCUGUACUGUGGUUCAUCAUGCUCUCUACUGACCCCAAGAACCUGGUGUUCUUCGCGAGUUCUCCCGUAGCGACCUGGUCUCAGCUGGGGCAGAUGUUGAGCUGGCAGUUCCAGUCGUGUGCUAAACGAGGCCUGGACGCAGACCAGCUUGAUACUCUUGCGCUGAAACUUUUUGGAAAACAAGACAAUUAUGAAAACUGUAAAAUAUCUUGGACCAGAUUCAGCAAGGAGAACAUCCCUGGGCAGAACUUCACGCUGUGGGUUUGGCUGGAUGGAAUUCUAAACCUGGUGAAGGUUUACCUCGCCAAUAUGUGGGAGGAUGGGUCCAUCAUGGGUUUUGUGAGUAAAGGGACGGAGAAGGCUCUGUUGAAGAAGAAACAGAGUGGAACAUUUCUCCUGCGCUUCAGUGAAAGCAUCAGAGAUGGAGGAAUCACGUUCAGCUGGGUGGAGUACUGUAAUAAAGGUAUGCCCAACGUGAGGACGGUGCAGCCCUUCACCAGUGUGGACCUCAAGCAGAUUCCUUUCCCCGAGAUCCUGCGCAACUUUCAGAUCAUGGAGGCGGAUAACGCGCCUGUGUACCCACUGCAGUUCCUCUACCCCAACACACCUAAAGACCAGGCGUUCGGCAAGUACUACAACGAGAAGACUGGAGAGGAAAGUCCUUACAUUAAAUACAUUAGAACCAAGCUGGUCUUCGUGUCAAAAGAGGAUGGGUGUACGAGCGCGCCUGAAGGGCCAGCGCCUGAUCGGUGUGCGCAGCACGACGAUCCUCCUUCGCCUCCUGACAUGAACCAUGACGUCAUGCUGCGAGGGGUAGAAAACUCCCCGAUGCUCUCCAGCUACAGCCCCAGUCCGCCCAGCAGCGUUCCGGAACCUUCUCUCUGCGACGUCCCAGUAGAUCUCCUGGAUACUCUGAUUACAGAUCCUUUUGCAGAUGUUCCUCUGAAGGGCUCCCGCAGUGCCGAAACUUUCCUGGACAUGCUCUCUGAGGCGUAUUCUCCCAACGCUAACCAGACGACGCUGCAGGAGUUUCUUAUCAACCAAGACUUGUGGACGGUGUGAAGAUUCCUGCGAAGUAGGAGAAACCUUCAGCGUUUAUCAUUUGGUCAUGUUCUUCUCUCUUUAGAAACAAAAGCCUGUGUACUUUUCUUGCACUUUUUAUUUUCUUAUGCUAGGCUGUGGUUCUGUGGCACUAUGCUACGUAUCAGCCGCUGGGGCUAAGUGAUCGGGGGCAGGGGCGGGGGGAAUCGAUGAACGUCUUGUCCGAUGUAUUUCAGCGUUUUUUUUUUUUCCACCGGAUAGUGCGGCUCAGAUUGUGGUAAUGCCUUUAGUCGUUAUUUCAUGAGGACUGAAGAAAGGUGCUCGUGGACAGUACUGGACAGGGAUGUGUGGGUGGAGCUAAAAUAGAGCAGUCUAUUGAUUAGUCAGUGAUCUUCAGCAGUGUAGUGACUGUCUCUCUCUCUUCUUGGUUUUUUUUUUUUCUUCCCCCCCCCCCCCCCCCCCCCAAAUCUCCAUUUUCCAUUGUAUUUACAAGGCAGUGUCGCAAUUUUACCUUCAAAUCAGAUGUUUUGAUCUUGUUUAGUCCAGUGUUAAAUUUGAUUUCCGUGUAAACGCCUCACUCCUCGUGCUGCAGGCUAUCUGGUGAGUUUUUGGAGUGACCCCACAGCAGCUUAGCAGCGUGUUUUGUGCGGUUUUAGACAAACCUUCGUUCGAGGUAAUAUCAUUAACCGGGGUUGCCAGGUUUCAGCAAAAUUUUUCCAACACGACACAAACUAUGCAAAACUAACCCAGCAAAUUCAGGCAUUUUCAACAGGGAGACACUUUUUUCUCAUUGAAAACACGUAUUUCACACACGUUUCUGAUGAAUGGACAUUACCCACUCCAGAACCCCAUUUUCCCUCUCUUCAGUACAUUUAAUUCAGUUUAUUCGCUACAAAACAAGUCCAAACAAGUCCUGGACAAAGUUCUGGAAAAAUAACCAAAAAAAAGUCCCAAACUUUGAACAUCUGUCAUAGCGACAUUCAUUCCAUGAUUUAAAAAGUGCAAAGAAUACGACACAAGCACGACUCAGUGAGUGGGUGAAGAGGGGUUUAGUCAGAGAAGUAACCAAGAGGCCAAGUGUAGGGGCAAACCUAAAACGCUUCACAGAGCUGGUCUUUACGGAAGCGCAGUGAGCCGUGUAAAAUCCUCUUUACUGAAAUGUUGGAACGUUGGAAACUCGGCACAGGUGGGAAAAGUUCUCUGGUCUGAUGAGAUCGAAACGGAACUCUGUGUCCUUGGAACAAAGCACUAAAACCUUCACAUCACCUGACUGCUGUGAAGCAUGAAGGUGGUAGCAUCAUGUUGGGAGUCAUCCUGGGCCUGUUGGAUGCUUAGUAACAGUAUAGAAACCUUAGUACCUCAUACAGUAACCGUAGUAACCGUACCAUAAGUAUUGUAACCGCAUCGUAACUGUAGUAACCAUAAUGCACUACCCGGUGGAAAAGCUCUAACAGUGUAUCGAGCUUUCGAAAGUCUUAAACGACAUCGUGGGAUCUUUAGGUUGAAGAUGAUUACUGCACUUCCCUUUUUAUCGAUUUAUCAAAGCCACAGAGUGGAUCAUGAAAUAUUGCUGCGUAGAUGAGAGUGUUGGUCUAUCAAAUCAUGUCAUUUUCUGGUUUAAGUGGAAGAACUUGAUGUGUACUUGCUGAAGGUAAACUGUCUGAAUUAUUGGAGAUUGCCAAAGGUGUCCACCAAGGAUCUGAGUUGGGGCCCCUUUUAUUUCCUUUUUACAUAAAUAGAUUUGAUCAUGACAUUCACGAGGCUAAUUUUCCCUUUUAUUCUGAUGACACUGUCAUGUAUUUUAGUGCUUCCACAAAACAGCGAGCUCCGCGUACGCUUCAGUUAGCUUUUGAUGUCAUUCAGUCACGGCUUUAUAACUUAGUUUGUUUUGAAUGCUGAUAAAAACCAAGCAAUGGUAAAUAAUCUCGCUUCUCUCCAGACCUUAAAGGUAACGCGAUUGAGUCAGUAAAAGAGUAUAAAGAAACUAAAGAAAGAAUUUAAACUAAAUCUUGGGUUUUAUUUUAGAAACCAGCUUUGUCUUUGCAUUUAACGUGAGAAAGAAAUGCGUUUCUGCUGCCUUUUCUAACUGUGCUUGAUUAUGGUGAUGUGCUGCAAGACUGCUUGGCCUUCUUUCUCCACAAGAAGAAAAAUGCACUGGUGUUUAAUCAUUUACAAAACCACUUCAACCCCUUCUCAUUAACGGAAAAGUCUUUGGAAAUAUUCCCUUCGUUCUUAAAAUGGCCGUACGGUCUCUGUUCCUUUUCUCCGAACUGAACUGGGGGGCUUUUAUGUGUGCAGCUCCGUCUGACUGGAAUUCUCUUUAACUGAAAUUGAAAAGACGAAACGUGGCGUCUAUGGGAGAUUUUAAAUCUAUUGUUCGGCGGCUGUGAGACGAGUCCGUGGUGUGUAACGGUCUUGAGGUGUUUAAUUUGCUUGAUUUUUGUUUGUGACUUGUGAUUAUAACUGAUUGUAUACUGCACUUCAUCUUGACCAGGACACCCCUUUUUAAUCUCCGAGAGGCUGUCCUGGUUAAAUAAAGGUGAAAUAAAUCAAUAAAAAUAAAUAAAAUACAAAUUGUCAUUUUACGUUUACGUUUGAAACGCUAAAAGAGGCAGAGCAUUUUCUUUUCCUUGUCUUUUCUUCUCUGUUUAACAUCCUGUCUUUUUAUUCCUUUUAUGUCUCUCGCUCACAUCUUUUUUUCCCUUUCUCUCACUUUUUCCUCUUACUGUUUAUUUCUGUUUUGCUUUCUUCAUCUCUUUCUUUGAUUUUUCUGCUUCUCUUACUUUUGUGUUUUUGUUACUUUUCUUACUUUUAUUUUCAGCCUCCCUUUCUCACUUUUUUUGUCAUUUAAAAUAGAAAAACUCACACGUUCUGUUUUGUUUCUCAUGAAGAAAAUUCUCCAACCUCGUUUUCUUCUGUCUCUUUUUUUUUCUUCUGUCUAUUUCUGUCGUUCGUUCUCCUUUUCUGUUGAUCUUUUCCCCCACUUUUUCUUUUUUUACUUUCUCUACCUCUUCCUUUCUUUAUAUAAUUUUUCCUUAUGUAAACGUAACAUUUCAUCGCAGUUUGAAUUCUGUCCGAUUUUCACAUUAAGAGAAAAUGUUUCAUCUUGAAGUCUGUAAAACUCUGAUUUUCUCCCAGUGAUUAUAAAUAAGUUAGAAUUCACAGCUGGAAUCGGGAGAUUAUCUGGCAUAUUGAUGUCUUACUUCCUGUAAUUUUUAAAAAAGACCAACUUUACAUCCUAAUGAAUAAGAUAUGUUUAUGUAAUGCCCUGAUGAUGGUGUGGUGAUGAUUUUAUGUCUGAUGUGGUUUUUCAUCCUUAUUUGUCCAGGUCAGAGAUGCGCACAUGCACGUCUAAUUCUUCUUUUUUUUAAUUAUUAUUAUUAUUACUAAAAGUUUUCUUUCAAUAACAUGUAAUGUUUUGAAUAAAAUGCUCCACCCUGCA